AUGGACGGCCCGAAGAUCGCCGAGUAUGUACAGAGGUUUCAUGAUCUGUCUCAUGUGGUACCAUAUAUGGUUACUCCCGAAUUCAAACGCGUGGAGCAUUUCAUCUGGGGGUUGGCACCUCAGAUUAUGAGUAUGAAGAAGAAAGAAACUCAUGUUGAAUCCUCAGGAGAAAACAAAAGGAAGUUCUCCAAUUUUAAAAAGGGUACCAGCAGCGUCAACAAGAAAAGGAAUGUGAACCCACCAGAGGAAGUUAAAACUGGUGCUGAAGUCAAGGGAAAGGGAUAUAUGGGCGCUUUGCCCAAGUGUGAUGUAUGCCAGUAUCAUCAUUCUGGCCAGUGCAGAUUAAGGAAAUGUGAGUCUUGCGGGAAGACUGGCCACUCAAAAGAAACAUGCUGGGCUGGCACUGGUGCUGGUCGUGGUGGUCAGCGAGGAUAUGGAAAUGGUAAUGGAAACUGCCAACAAGGAGGGAAUUGCGGGAAUGGUAAUCGCGGAAAUUUCGGAAAUCAAGUUGGAGGUGGGAAUCGCAACCAAAACAAUGCUCAAGGUGGUAACGGGAAUGGUCGAGGACCAGGGUGUUUCAAUUGUGGAGACAUGGGGCAUUUCAAGCGAGAGUGCCCGAAACUCAAUCAAGCACAGGGAAGAGUUUUCAAUAUCGUUUUGUAUCGAUAG